AUGUGCAGUUGUGUUAGUGUGCCGCCUCGUCUGUAUCGGCUUGCUACGGGGGAGGAGAUAACGAUACAGCCUGCCAUUGAGCGUGGCGUGCACAGCAGGGAGCGGAGCGAGGUCCGGAAACGGCUUCUGGCCAGUGACGCACACCUCGUUCCUGGGGUCUUGGAGGUCGCCAGUGACCCUGCGGCUUCUGUUAUUUUUAUUGCCGUUAAGGAGGACGCACGCGCCGAACAUGGGUUUUUGGGUUUCGUGGUUGUCAACGUCAGUUUCCUCGCGCAACAGCGGGUUGUGGUGAUUGCGUGGAUCUCCGUUCUUAGUCGCUUUCGGGGGAUCCACGUGGGACGUUCCUUGCUUCAACACGUGGAGGUCUUCUGCCGCGUCAACGGCGUGGAUCUCAUGGAGGUGAUGUGCACCGAUGGUUACACGAAGUUGUUUCGGCGGCAUGGAUUUCAUUCCUCCGCGAGUCCCGUCGCUUUCAAGAAAAAAGGCUUGCAAAAGCGCGUCGUCGUACACCAUCUUCCACCGGUGCCCUUUUGCCUCAGCAGCGGUGCCGUGUCUGUGCGCUACGCCAGGCAGGAGAGCAGGAAGCAGUGGGUUUUCUUGGUGUUGGAGGCCUGCGGGUACAGCCUUGGCGGCGGUGAGUUGCUCCGUUGCAUUUGCGAAGCGGAGUUUCGCAUUGAGGCGGUUGCCGCAACGACUGACCGCGUGGUGGCGAUCGUGGCGAUGGACAAGCAGGGAUGGAUUCCCAUCAUCACAUGCGUAGCCGAGUACCGUGGGCGCGGAUUGGGGUCGUUUCUGCUCUUCUUGGCGGUGGAGUGGAUGCGGCGGCAGGGUGGCCGCUCUGUUUCUCUGGCCCCGUUGAACCGGAGAGUCGUGCACUUCUACAAGCGCUGGUCCUUCCGGCCGAUGACUUCCACCGCAGGCAGGAAGCGGCGUCGCAGCGCGCACGACUGCAUGUUGCUUGAGCGCACCAUUGACACCGAUGCACAUUACCUUCCGGACGGGCACUCCCUAGAAGACUUCCUCCCCGCUUCAACGCUGUCAACUUCCGCGGCGGCGGCGCAGCUGCAGCAGCCAGAGACCGAGGCGGCGCAGCUGCAGCAGCCAGAGACCGACGCGGCGGCAGCAUCUCAGUAUCCCAACCUUGCUGCAUAG